UUUCUCCAUUUGGUUGUUCCUCCGAUCGACCGGCCCAACUGUCAGUCAAGUAGUCGGGCUGCGCGACAAGGGAGGUGGCGGCGGUGGUUACCGCCUCAGGCAGGGAGACCAACCCGCUAACUGCAGAGUGGAGGGAUCGGCGAGCGAGGAAGAGGAGGAGGCAGGCAGGCAGGCAGGCAGGCAGACGCCUAUCUUUCAGCUGUGCGAUGGACCGGUACUACCUCCGCCAUUAAAGUCAGAAGGGCAGGGGGACCGAAAGAUUUCUUCCCUCCCUUAAGAAAAUUAGGGAUUGUUAUCGGUUUCUCUUUGAUUCGUCCUCGCCGUCAGGACGUUUAAUUCAGGACGUUUAAUUCACCCGGUGGGGGAUAUCUCCUCUCUUUCCCCUGACUGAGCAGAGACAGGUAUAAAAAACCUGCCCAUUCACUCCCUUGGCCCCGCCGGGGAGGCACAGACUUGCCCCUCCUCCUAUUGCAGACGAGCUGAUAGGCACCCCCCCCCCCGCCCCGCGAUUCAUUGGGGAGGAAUCGGGAAAGCGGCUAAACUCCGGGCUGAGCCAUGCGCCCAACCUCUCCACGGAGACAGACGAAGGGUCGCCCUCCCCUCUGAAAAAGACCGACCGCCGGCCUUGAAGAGGCGCCCGUUUUCCUUUCUCCGCGCCCCGCCAUCCUCUCCUCACGAUGCCGCUGCCCCGCUGUAGCUGAGAGCCCAGGGCGAAGAGAGGACGAGGCUCCGGGAUUGGGGGGGGGCACCAUGGAGCGCCGAGGGGAGCCUGCUUUCCACCUCCAGCAAAAUCUGGAAUUCAACGUGGAGAACGUGGAGAAGGCACUGCACCAGCUAUAUUAUGACCCCAACAUUGAAAACAAGAACCUGGCCCAGAAAUGGCUGAUGCAAGCUCAAGUAUCACCACAAGCUUGGCACUUCAGCUGGUUGCUUCUUGAUAUGGACAAGGUGCCUGAGAUCCAAUACUUUGGGGCCAGUGCCCUCCACAUUAAGAUUUCACGCUACUGGAAUGACAUCCCUGCUGACCAGUAUGAGAGCCUUAAAUCACAGCUCUUCAGUCACAUAACUCAUUUUGCUAGUGGUUCCAAAAUUGUGCUGACCCGCCUUUGUGUGGCAUUGGCUUCAUUAGCACUGAACAUGAUGCCAGAGGCUUGGCCAUGUGCUAUUGCUGACAUGGUACGCAUGUUUCAGGCAGAGGACUCUAAUGUGGAUGGGCGAGCCCGCUGCCUUGCACUACUGGAACUACUGACAGUGCUGCCUGAGGAAUUUCAAACCAGCCGUCUGCCUCAGUACCGUAAGGGGCAGGUACGUAGUGUCUUGUCACAGGAGUGCACAUCUGUGUUCCCUCUGCUAGAACAAUUGUUGCAACAGCAAGACUCUCCUGGUUUCAUUAAGCAGAAGGUGCUGAAGUGUUUCUCCAGCUGGGUGCAACUAGAAAUUCCUCUGAUGGAAUGUGAGAACUUGAUCCAAGCAUCUUUCACUUCUCUGCAUGAUCCAGAACUCUUCGACAUUGCUGUGGAGGCUAUUGUCAAUGCCAUUUCCCAGCCUGAUGCUCAGAGGUAUGUGAAUACUCUUCUGAAGCUCAUUCCACCGGUACUAGGACUCCAGGAACAGCUACGUCAAGCAGUUCAAAAUAGGGAUAUGGAAACUUCUCAUGGGAUUUGUCGUAUUGCUGUAGCCUUAGGGGAGAAUCAUUCACGAGCACUUCUGGACCAGGUAGAUCAUUGGCAGAGUUUUCUGGCACUGGUCAACAUGAUAAUGUUCUGCACCGGAAUCCCAGGACACUAUCCUGUGAAUGAGACCACAAGCUCACUUACACUCACUUUCUGGUAUACAUUGCAGGAUGACAUUCUGUCUUUUGAUCCAGAAAAACAGGCUAUGUAUCAGCAAGUGUAUCGACCUGUAUAUUUUCAGUUAGUGGAUGUACUCUUACAUAAAGCUCAGUUUCCUUCUGAUGAAGAAUACAGUUGCUGGUCUUCUGAUGAAAAGGAGCAAUUUCGUAUAUAUCGAGUGGACAUCUCAGAUACUUUGAUGUAUGUAUAUGAGAUGUUGGGAGCGGAACUGCUGAGUAGCUUAUAUGACAAACUGGGUCGCCUUCUGACAAAUUCAGAGCAGCCAUCCUCAUGGCAGCACACGGAAGCUUUACUUUAUGGGUUCCAGUCCAUUGCAGAGACUAUAGAUGUAAACUAUUCAGACGUGGUUCCUGGCCUUAUCGGUCUCAUCCCCCACAUCAGCAUCAGCAAUGUACAACUUGCGGACACAGUUAUGUUCACUAUUGGGGCUCUCUCAGAGUGGCUGGCUGAUCACCCUGUAAUGAUCAACAAUGUCCUGCCCCUGGUAUUGCAGGCUCUGGGCAAUCCAGAAUUAUCUAUCUCUAGUGUCUCUACUCUUAAGAAGAUAUGCCGUGAGUGUAAAUAUGACUUGCCUCCGUAUGCAGCCAACAUUGUUGCUGUCUCUCAGGAGGUGCUAAUGAAGCAGAUUCACAAGACAAGUCAGUGUAUGUGGCUGAUGCAGGCUCUGGGUUUCUUACUGUCUGCCCUCCAAGUGGAGGAGAUUUUGAAGAAUCUACAUUCACUUAUAACUCCUUACAUCCAACAAUUAGAAAAAUUGGCCGAUGAAACGCCCAAUCCAUCUAACAAGCUAGCUAUUAUCCAUAUAUUGGGUCUACUCUCCAACCUCUUUACCACUUUGGACAUCAGUCACCAUGAUGAUGAUCAUGAGAACACAGAGGUUAAAAAACUGCCAGUGCCUCAGGGCCCCAAUCCGGUAGUGGUGGUGUUACAGCAAGUUUUCCAGCUCAUCCAGAAAGUGCUCAGCAAGUGGUUAAAUGAUGCCCAAGUUGUAGAGUCUGUGUGCUCCAUUUUUGAAAAAUCUGUGAAGACUCUUCUCGAUGAUUUUGCACCCAUGGUACCUCAACUGUGUGAGAUGCUGGGACAGAUGUAUAGCACUAUUCCUCAGGCAUCUGCUAUUGACCUCACCAGGCAGCUAGUUCACAUUUUUGCCCAUGAACCUGCCCACUUCCCACCGAUCAAGGCACUCUUUCUGCUUGUCACAUCAGUUACAUUAACACUCUUUCAGCAAGGGCCCAGGGAUCAUCCUGAUAUUGUUGAUUCAUUUAUGCAACUCCUGGCACAGGCACUGAAACGGAAACCUGAUUUGUUCAUGUGUAGCAGCCUGGAUGCCAAAGCAGUAUUCCAUUGUGCUGUGAUCUCUCUGAAGUUUCCUGAAGCACCAACUGUCAAAGCUGCCUGUGGCUUUUUUACUGAAUUACUGCCACGCUGUGGGGAGAUUGCACCUGUGGGACAAGUGGUGCAUGAGAAUGGCAAAAUGUUGCUACAAGCUGUAAUUGAGGGUAUAGGUGGCCAAGCUUCACGAAAUUUGAUGGAUCAUUUUGCUGAGAUCCUUUUUGCUCUCAACAAGCAUUGCUUCAGUUACCUGAGUGUGUGGAUCAAGGAAGUGAUGCAGCAGGAUGGCUUUCCAUCCACCCGUGUCAGCCCUGAGCAAAAGGACAUUUUUAGCCAACAAAUUCUCAGCAGAGAACGUGUGAAUAAACGACGCGUGAAGGAGAUGGUAAAGGAGUUCACAUUACUUUGCCGAGGACUGCAUGGUACUGAAUACACAGCAGACUACUGAGGAGACCUGUGUGUCAAAAGACUGCAGCAUGAACAGAUCCGGUUUUAUGCCAUCGCCUGAAGCUGCUACCAAAUUAGCUGAUAGAAUGGUAACUUUACAAUUAACCUACCCUGGUUGCUCCUCUCAAGAACAAGCUGUUUCCAAAUCCCUUCUGCAUAUUCAGAGCUAACAGGCUCAAGGACAUUGGAGCAGAGGUUGGAGCAGAGCUGGACGGUCCCCUGCCAACCGCAGGACUAGUGUACCAAUUGCCACUUUCCUCCUUGGCACGCUCCUGUAGAAGUGUCUGUGAUAUUGUCUAUUUCUAAAGAGUCUACCUUUUACUUGCAUGAGGAAGCUUGUGUCUGAUUGAAGUGAAGGUCCUCCUGCCUUGAAUUACAUUAAGGCUACUUCUAAGCUGCUGUGGUUAGUCUACUGGGGAAGUGGCAUACUUUAGGGGCAAUAUGGGCAGGAAUGGAAUACAGCUGUAGCAGAGGCAGUUACAAGAAUAUGAUCUGCCCUAACGUGAUUGGUGCAAUAAAUAAUACUAAGAGUCCAACAAGGUAUCGCGAAGAGGCAACACCAUCUUUUUUUGCUGUGGCAUUCCUCGGAGUGCUGGCAAGUAUGCUACAUUACCUCUUUAAAUGUUGCUGCUGCUGCUGCUGCCUCUGCACAUUCUGCAGGACAUCAUCUUAUAAUACAUUAGCCUCUUCACAGAUAUGAAUAAGUGAACGUGAGUGUUUCGGUCUGCUGCAGGGAAAGAGUUGCAGCUGCCUUCAUGAAUGGUUUGAAAACCCUUUGCGUUAUCUCUGCUACUGACAAUUGAUAUGUACAAUGGAUCUGGGUUGCAACAGAGCUGGUAAAGCUGGAAUGAAGACAGAGGAAUUUUUUCGUAUAGGAAAUUCUUGUCCUCAUAAAGAUUUGGGGAUUAAUUAAACUAAACCACUUUACAACCUAGAUCCAUUUCAAUGGCAAUAUAUUAAUGCAACUUCUCUUCUAUGGGCCUAGUUUUACCAGAUUUCAUACAGACUCCUAACUCAGGUUUGCUGCUGAUCCUUUUCCUAUGCCCAGCACUGGGUAAGUUAAAGUUAAUUCACACAAAAUCAUCUUUGCUGUAUUAAUGAAACUUAAAAACAUUUAAACACCUAUUACCUAAAGAACAAUAUCUAAAUAACAGUGUGAAAAGUACAAGGAAUUUAUGUAGACUUGGCAGAUGUUUCUGCAUAAAAGCACAAAAAGCACAUUUUGGGAAAGAAAAACUAUUAUGGGAUAAUGUAAUAGGAAAUUAAUUGAACAUCUAAGUUCUUACAUAAAAUAAGCAUGGUAACAGAGUUAAUUCUGCACACCAUGAUACAUCAACUCUGAUGUAAAGUGGGGAAGAGAUUGAAGAACCCAUCCUGGAAGAAAUCAUGCUUGUGGAAAGAUCAUAUUUUUAGGAGACUCUUUUUACUACUGAUAGGGGCUAAAUUAGUGUUUUGCUGGUAUCUGAAUAAUCUUGGACUCAUCCGAUCCAAAGCUCUUCCUCUAACCAGUGGAAGUAUUUUUCUGCCUGUUGGAACCAUUCGUCUUUAAAAUGCUUCACUAGAGCAAAAAUAUGUGUGGUAGGGAAAAAAAACCACUUCCUCUCUUGGUUGCAUUUGAGGUAACACAGCCUUGGAAGUGAAGACUCAUGUACUAUUUAAUUCCCUCCCCACUUCUUUAAAAAGGAUUGUUCUCUAAUACAUACUUCUACAUCAAAUCUUGAAAGUGGGAUGUUCUAACUUCUAUUACAGUUCUUCAGUGAAAGAAUUGUUCUAACAUAAUCAGAUGUUUUUAUUCUGAGUUUUGAAAGCAAAGUGCAAACCCUGUGCAAGUAAUUUCUGCUUUCAAGGGCAGGAAGAAUGAAUCCUUGUGGUCUUUCCCCCCCCCCUCCCCUGGCAUGGCAUGAUUAUAGAUAAGUAAUAUACUACAAAGAAUGAUUCAUUUCUGAACAUGGAGAAGAAACAGAUUUUUGAGGAAGAAGACUUGGUGAACAAAUGAUGAAUUCCAUUUCCAUAUCCAAACUUAGCUUCAUAACAGCUAUACCGUGUGCCUUGUGGUGGGGUUUAUAGACUAUAGCCUACCUGGUUGUUCAGCAUUGUUGCUUUCUUAGCUAUGUCAGCCUCAGUCUACAACAUAAAGACAUUUUAUGAUCUAGAUGAACAUGAGACAUUGAACAGGUGCCUGAAAAAUUGAGAAGCACAGAAUACACACACACAUUGAAAUCUACCUUGAACAGAACCAGCCUUAAGCUAUUCUAUUUUAUGAGUAUUUUGCCUUACCUUCUUGACCAUGUGAGAGGUUUAGAGGUGUUGUUGUCACCAUUUUGUAUCUCACAUUUUCACAAUGGGUAAUUAUGAAAAAUAGCUUAUGUGGUUGUUUCCAAGGCCUGUCUACAUAAGAGUAUCUCCAAUCACGCCAACAAAACAGUCUAGGAGAAAUAGCUAUGGUUGGGUACUAGGUACGUUAUCAUGAAAUGAUACAAGGUAAAAGUUUGCUAGGAUUCUUCUGAAGGAAAUUGAUCUGUACACUAAAAAUGUUCCCUCCUCCAGCUGAAAUCUCACUUCUUACUUCAGAUCCAUUUGGCUAAAGUUUAGUAAUAGUGAAUUACUUCCAGCAAAAAUAGGCAAAUUUCUUAUAUUUCUUUGCCAUGUACCAAAAGUAUUUCUAUCUUGUUUCCCUGGAGUUUAUUUUCCUGGAAUAUUUUAUACCAGUUUGUAAUUCCAUAAUUUUCACUGUUUCUUCUGCUGAAACACUCCUAUUGCUGUAUUACAUCUCUAAGAGUCCCUUACAUUAAGUAAGUGUAUUUUGCUUUAGCAUUCUUCAAUAUUCCUUCCCGCUCCAAUAACCCUCCAGAUACAGAAAGUGGCAUAGUUACACACAGCAUCUUAUGGAACAGAGAUGGCAAAGUAAUGCUUCUGCUCAGGAUACCUCUUAUUUAGUGCUAAUGGGCUGGUGGACACCUCUCUUGGUGCUUGCCAAACUUCCUUCUCUGCCCGUUUCCCCCCCCCCCAAUUUUGAAAAUGAAAUCCUAAUAUGCCGUUAAACAAAACAUCAAUCUCAAGUAUAAUCUAGAUUUCCAAUAGUGCCUCUUGGCCUCAUGUAGACUCCAGAAUCCACAGUGGCUAUGAGGUUAUGCAAUACUUGCAAAGUGUUUUGCUUUGUCAAGAUUUCAAUGGAAAUAGUCCUUUGAAGCUUCAUUUAGUAAUAACAACCUCAGUGCACAGCACAAAUACAGUAGCAGCCUUAGUAAAGCCAGUUGAGAUCAUAUCUGGAGUUUUCAUCAAGUCAGAACAACAAAGCUCCAUGAGAUGCUUCACCAACCUGAGGUAAAGGGACACACCUCCACUAGGCAAGACACCUCUCUGAGAGGCAUUGUGGAUUAUCUGCCUGCACUUUGUUUGGAAGAAUGCCUACUUGGUCAAAACCAAAAGACAAAAAUAAGCUGAGAUACUGAUGAUGAAGCAACUUCAGUUUGGCUCCCUAGGAAGUGGGUGUUUUGUGACUUUCCAGAUUCCAGUGGACAUUUUUAGACAUUUGUAAAUUUCAAAUAUGCCUACUAACCUCAAACUUUUUGAGAUACCUUGCAUGAUGGGAGUACAUAAAUGUAGCUUGAUUGACUUCAUGCCAUCUUGUGGAAGCUAAUUGGUUUGACUUCACAUUAAGGAUGUAAUAAAAAAGAAUAUUAUUUGUGAAAA